AUGAGCGGUCCGCGCAUACGUCCCAGAUGUCCGCCGCUAACAAGGCGGACGGAACAGGGCCGCAGACGUUUCGGCGAGGUGAGCGACCCCGGCACUAUCGGCGCGAACAUUCCGACCGGCGGAUUAUCGCCGCCCGCCUGCAUACGUCACGCGGCCGCUGCAACUGGACCGAGGAGUUUCGCGCGCUCUACUCGACGCGAGUUCCCGCCCGGACGCAAAGACGCCCGCGAUUUGCGCGUCCGGUGUCGGAAAUAUGCCGGAUUCCGUAUCUACCGUGCCGCCAUGUCAUUGUUGUCUUUUAGAAAAAAUAAUGUGAAAGCUUUGCUUACGAAAGUACGCCGACGAUUC